AUGGUUGAAAAUAGAUUAAAAAGCAAUGUAAAGAGCUUGGUUCUGGAUGCUGGGCCUUUGAUCACCCAGCCAGCUUCUCAGUUACAAUUGUUAGCUGAAACAUUUUAUACUACACCAGGUGUGUAUAACGAAUUAAAGGAUGAAUCUGUUAGAAAUCAACUGAUUAUUUGGGGUAAUAAAUUGCAGGUUAGACAUCCAAAGAAGGAUGCCAUUCAAGCAGUCGUUGAUUUUGCACGAUUGACAGGUGACUCUACUGUUUUGUCACAGAACGAUUUGCAUAUUAUUGCGUUGGCCUAUGAAAUUGACACCGACCUUAACAACGGAAUUCCAAGGUUCAGAAAAUUUCCAGGAGAGAUAAGGGAAGAAGAUGCCAAGAGGAUAGCGGAAGAAAGAAAGAAAUGGGAGGAAAGAAGAUUGAAAGAAUCAGAAGCGCAAAAAAUUAACGAAGUUGAAAGUAACCAAAUUGUAGAAGAUGUAAAACAGGUGGAUGAUGAUGGUUUUGAAGUUGUUGUAAACAAGAAGAAGACGAGAAAGCAAAUUAAAGAGGAGCAAAAGGCAAGGGCAGCUGAAGAAGAGCUAGCGUUAAAAUGUAAAGAGGAAGAAUUAGCAAGAGGUGAAGAUAAGGAAUUACUAGCAGAUUUUCCUGGACAAUUAACAUCCGAAGCGAACGAUGAUAACUUAGAGGAAGAGUAUAGCAACGAUGAUGAUGAUGGAGAAUGGAUCACGCCUGAUAACUUGGGUGCAACCAUGGCUAAGGAUGAUCUUGUUCAAACAGUUGAAGCCGAUACCCCAGAAACAGCGCAGAUUAAUUGUGCACUUGCAACAGGUGAUUUUGCUGCUCAAAAUGUUGCGUUACAGAUGGGCAUGAACCUAAUGAAUACAAUGUCUGGAUUGCAAAUUAAAAGAGUCAGAAACUAUAUGUUGCGUUGCCACGCUUGUUUCACCUUAAUUCCAAUCCCAAGGGAUAAUACCCCUAAACAUUUCUGCCCAAGUUGUGGUGGUGCAACGUUACGUCGUAUUCCAGUGUCUGUCAAUUCUUAUACAGGUAAGAUUACACCACAUCUAGCUAAGAAUUUCCAAUGGCGUACCAGAGGAAAUGUUUUCUCUGUUGCUUCGCCGUUAUCGAAAAGCACAGCCAAGAAGUAUGGCAACAAAGGAUUCCAGCACGGUAAAACUUCCAAAAUGGAUGGUAACUUUUUCUCUGAAGACCAACAUGAAUAUCAACAAGCGAUUAAAGAUGCCAAAUGGCAACAACGCCAAAACGAAAAAUCCUUGGAAGAUUUCAUAGGUGGUGGUUCUGCUGAUAAUUGUAUAUCUCCGUUUUUCACUGGUGCAAACGUGAAGCCAGUGAAUGUCAAAGUUGGAAAGGGCAGAUUUGCUAAUCAGGCUAGAAAGAAACGUUGA